UUCUUUGAUAAAGCUGCUUUUUAUGAAAUUCAAAGCUUUCUCACGUAGUUUCUAGAAAAAACGACCUGCAGCCCAGGAGAAACUGAGAAAGAUUAAGAGAUUUUGAUCAACCAUCGGUUGUUCUCUCGUCUAUUUAAAAACGUGACUCUUGGUUGGCCUUGUCAGAGUGCAGCAGCUCUAGCAGACCCUGUUGGUGCCACGCAGGGAAACCGGCACGCAUGGCGAAUGUGGACAAACUCACGGAGCACAUAGGAGACUUUGGACCCUUCCAGAAGAAGAUGGUCGUACUUGGGUCUCUGCCAUUGGUCCUCAUUGCGUUCGAGUUUGUUGGAGUCGUCUUCCUGGGCCACACUCCGGACCACUGGUGUUGGAGCCCUGGGUCCAAGCAACUCCUGCAGGAGUGCAGCUGGACAGAGGUCAAGGUGCGAGAAGUUACCGUUCCCCACGGCGAAGAGGCCGGGUCUUUCAGCCGCUGCCAAGCGUUUGAACUUGAGCCAAAGCCGGAACAAAUGCGAGGAGUUUGAGCAGGCGCUGACUUUAAACGCAGUGCCA